CAUUUAUUGGUAUGGUGUAAGAGCCACUAAGAGUUGAAGGAUCACUGUGUAUAACAGAAAUUGUUACAGAGAGACCUCUGUGGACUUUAAGUGACUGGGUGCCGAGAGGACAGAAGUGCCUUAGUCAAUUUGGCUCAAUUAAAGAAACUAAAUUAAACAGAGUGAUAGCAGACUGCGGAGAGCAAGAAAGGACAGCAAGUGAUUGACAGAGACAGACUUCUACAGCAGCUGAGCUUCAGCUCAGAUACAGUACAAAGGUUAUAGCUAUUAAUACACCAGGACACAUACAAACACACACAUAAUGUGACACAUUUAAUUUAAUUGAUGUCACUUCUGAUUCAUGACGCUGCUCAAGUCAGCAUUGCUCAGUUUACUCUCACCCUUUAACUUUGCUUUGCAUUAAUGUGAAUAAUCUGAAACCCUAUGAUAUCCAUUUUACUGUCAAGGAAUUCAUGUCAGUCGUUCAACCUUCAGCUACUCCAAUAUGAGCAAUGUGAUACCUUCAAGGCCCAGGAUACAUAUGACCGGGUAAGAGCACACUAUGUAUGUAUUGGGUGGUUGUGAAUGACAAGAGCACUGAGGGAGAAGCUACUGUUACACUGAAGAUAGCAGAAGAGUAUUCUGGAGCUACAACUAUGAGAUGUCUCUGAGUGUCACAGCCGGGUUAACACUGCAUUUUUGAAGAAUCAAUGCAUGCGUGACCAGUGACAAACGCACAGUCUCACAGUCGGAAGGAGAGACCUUCUUCAACAGAAGCUCACUCAGCUCUGAACUAAAGCUGCGAAUGGAGACCAGCAAACUGCUCUGACUCAGUAGAAGUGCCUGCUUGACUGAAGAAUUUUAGGGCUGGAUUUCAUGGGGAGGACUUAUUUGGAGUCUGUGGAACGUUAAAAGCCAGUUGUCAAUUCAUUCAUACCCCUAGAAGUAAAUACUAACAUCACAGCAGCUAACAUCAGUGGAUUUUUAUCACACCCCUAAGCAACAGUGGACUGGAGGAUCAAUCAUCAUUAAUCAUCAGUGCUCCAAUGGAUCUAAUCUUUGAAAACUGCAGUUUGUUUUCCCAAAUUCAGUGAUUGCAAGUAGACUUUAUUGUGCAUUUGCAUUUGUCUGGUCACUGCUACUAUCUUCUGGACUACAUGAGAUGGUGAAUUCUUCUUGUUUCUUCUUCUUCUGCAAAUGUAAUGUGUAAUGUGUAAUGUGUAAUGCGUUACAUGCAUUCUGUAGAGGAUUACAGAGUCAUCACAUGAAACAGUGAACACUGUAGGGUCUGAGGUGGAUAAUCUGCACAAACACACUGCUGCAUUCAGAGCGAGCAGCAGGUGGCUUUUGUAUAUUAUUUGAAAUUCGGUCAGUGUUUUGGUCCAAAUGUUCCUCAACACAGUCCUCGUAGUCCUGACAGACCUGGCAGCCAGGUUUAUGGGUACCACUUUGUUCCGGCGGCACUUCCACCUGUUGUUGUCAGCGCUGGUGAUGUUCGGUCCCAUGCUGAGUCUUUGGGUGUCUCAUCACAGCAUCUUUGCCAAGAAGAAUCACUUCCUCUACAGGAUGUUCUUGCACUCUGGUUGGGGUUGGACCUGCAUCUUUGUUGGCUCUUUUGUUUUCCUCCUCUCCUUUUCCAUCCGUCGUUCCCUGUCUCUUUCCAUCCGCCACCUCUCACGGCUUGCGGUGGCUGGUGGACUAUGGCUAAGUUUUUGCAAACUCUUGGACCUCCUGGAGAAUGCCACAGGAAGCUGCUAUGAACCUUUAGAAGCUGGAACAGUGGUCACAAAUGGCCAGACUCUGCUGGUGCUGCGAGAGGGGGAGAGCAAGUCUGAGUGCCUGAAAGCUGGAAUGCUGUGGAGGGGAUAUGAGGUUUCUGAAGACAUUUUCCUUCUCUGCCUUUGCUGCCUGCUGCUGGUAGAGGAAACAGCUGUGUUUGGACCUUAUUUGAGCCUUGGGGGAAUCUCAGAUGCCCCACUGAGAAUCCUCUUUCUGUUCUGUGUUCUCCUGCUCUGGCUCUGGAUCUUCUUGCUGCUCUGUCUCUUAGCUUACUUUCCUCAGUUCCCCACCCAGCUGCUGGGGGGUGCUCUUGGCUGUCUCAGCUGGAGAGGACUAUAUCAGGGCUGGUACCGCCUGGGGCCCAGCUGGUACUGCCCCGGGAGGCCUGGCCUAGGACUACUUAACAUAAAGGCUAUCGGUAAUGACGUGGAGGAUGCACAACUGAAACAACCGAAUCACGAUCACUGCAAUUAACUUAAAAAAAAACCCCUAACAUUUGAGAACUAACUGUAAAAUAAAUUGAAUUCCAAACAAA